AUGUCCUACGACAACCAGGUAGAGCGCGGCAUGGGUGACCUCUCCGUGAACGACAAGCAGCAGACCUUCCAGGCCGAGGGCGAGCAGCAGGAGCGCGGCUGGUCCAAGGGCAAGAUUGCCGGCGCCACUGCCGGUGGUGUCGCCGCUGCCGCCGCUCUUGGCGCCGCCGGCUACUACGGCUACAAGAAGUACAACGAGGGUGACGACAACAACGACGAGGAGAAGGCCAAGGCCGAGCAGCAGCAGCAGGAGAAGCAGCAGCAGGGGCAGCAGGAGAACAAGAAGGAGGAUGGCCAGGGCUGGUCCAAGGGUCAGAUCGCCGGUGCCGCCGCUGGCGGUGUCGCUGCUGCCGCUGCUGUCGGCGCUGCUGGCUACUACGGCUACCAGAAGUACAACGAGAAGAACGACGAGAAGAACCAGAACGAGAACCAGCAGCAGCAGCAGCAGGAGCAGAAGCAGGAAGGCGAGGGAUGGUCUAAGGGCCAGAUGGCCGGUGCCGCUGCCGCGGGCCUCGCCGGUGCCGCCGCCAUUGGCGGUGGUGCGUACGCCAUCAAGAAGCACAACGACAACGAGAACGAGGAGGAGAAGCGCAACAACGAGCAGCAGGCCCAGCAGAACCAGCAGCAGGACAACAAGCAGCAGGACAACAACCAGCAGGACCAGUUCCGCAGCCAGCAGCUCAACGCCAACACCGACAACAACAACAACAACAACAACAACAACAACAACAACUCGAACAAGUCGAAUGAGGACAUCCAGAACGACCUGGACCAGGAGCAGUCCAAGCUCGACGACGAGCAGUCGGGCCUCGACCGCGAGUGGAGCGAGAACCGCCCCGACGAGUCGGACAUCCAGCGCCGCCAGGACGACAAGGAUCGUCGUCAGAACGACAAGAACCGUUUCUCAUCUAUUUGA